GUCACCGACAGCUGCCGCCGACCGUCCUGUUCUUUGGGCAUGCGAGUCCACCUCCCGCACUUUACCGCCCAGGAAGCUCCCGAGUCAGUGCCCUCCAUGCCAAGAAUACCGCGUCCGGACAAGGUCGGAAAAUACUCCAGCUUCGACGCAAAGUUGCGGCAUCUGAAGCGGAGACCUCCCGAGUCCUGGAUCAAACUUCGAUGCGGAAAAUCCGGCCCGCGGACAUGUUCUGAGGAGGAUUUUGACACGCAGCAGGAUGCGCCCAAGUGCUUCAUGAUGAGCCGCAGCAAAGCUGCGCCCUUGGAGCAACCGGAGCAAGUAAGCAGCGCUGCCCUGUGGCUGUCCUGCCCCAGAAAUGGGAGCAUGGUCCACGAUCCUGAAGGAGAAUGUCCUGAAAUGGACGAUGGCCUGAAGCAUCGAGUCCUUGACAUCGCAGCUGCCUGGGAAGUCGAAGUUCGUCGGGGCCAGUUGGCAGAGGCGGGAAAGGCGGAGUCCGAUGCGGAAAGCACCGAAGAUCCAGAUGCAGACCAUGGUGAUACCAACAGAGCAACAGCAGAGCCGUGGCUACGAAUGGACGACGUCACUCGGGCACGGAUCAUCAACAUGGUCGAAGAGCCCGAGAUCGACUUCGAUUCGGAGGACAGCGAGUGGGACGAGCCACAGGAAUCUGAUGGUGAAGGUUUGGAGCAAGGAGACGAAGCCAUAGCAGAUCACUCGGUUGUGGCAGCAGCCAUGGAUGCGCAGGAGCCCCGAGUGGUUCACAGCGGAGAUGGCUUCUUCGUGUUGUUCAAGCCGCCCAAGUGCGUUUGCGAGCCGCCAAAUACCACGAUCGGUGUUGCUCGCUAUGUGCAUCAGAUGGGUAUUGAAGAUACCGACCAUGCAAUCUGCCAUCGCCUGGAUUUGCCCACAAGUGGCUUACUGCUGGUGGGGUCAGAUCCAGAUGUCUUAGACGACCUGCUUCGGCAGCGAAAUGCACGCAGCUGGUGCAAGAACUAUGUCUGCCUGAUGCAUGGAUGGCUGCCGUCCAGCCAGGUGGAAGGCACUCUGCAAUCCAAGCUCCGAACAGAGCGUGAGGGACAGGGAUACAGGACAUUUGUGGAUCCUCAAUGGGGUUUCACUGCGAUCACCCACUACGCUGCGCUUCGGCAUUACAGAUGUCGCAGAACUGGCAGACCGUUUACCCUCAUGAUGCUCCGAAUCAUCACAGGCCGUACGCAUCAGAUUCGAGUGCACAUAGCUGAGCUUGGUAUGACAGCUGGCCUGGAGACAGCUGGCAUUAUUGGAGAUGCCAAGUACCUGGACUCGGCGGCUUUUGCGGCCGACGUCGCGCUUUUCCAGCGCGCUUCGCAGGGGCUCGCAAAGGUCAUCGAGCCCAGACUGUGCUUACAUGCGUGUUCUUUGGGCUUCAGAACCAGCAAGUCGUACCUUACGGUGAAGUGCGGCCUUCCUUCGGACAUGGCUGCACUCAUCAGCACCGAGCUGGUUGAGGAAAGAUAUCGGCCCAACGGUUGCGGAUCUCUGGCUGAGAACGGUUCCUGGAUCCUCAGGGAGCUGAAAGCCGAGGAAGCCAAGGCUCAUUGGGACGCCCAGCGAGAGUGGCGGUCCCUGCACCUGACUUUUGCUGCAUGGGCAUCGUGGUGCAGGACGGGAUCAGAUGAGGCCACGGCCGCUCCUCUCGACGCCUCCUCAGACGCCGAUGAAAGUCCAGAUGAUUGGGAGAAGCUGUGUUGCCAACUCCUGCUGAAGGACUCAGAAUCGUCGGUGCAGCAAAGAAGGCAGAUGAAGCAAGAAGCGCACUGGCUGUCGCACCUUGCUGGGACCUGGCGGGACUCCUACGGCGCUGUGGGAAGAUUCCAUGGGGACUCCUUGGUGAUGAUCGAGGAUGGCGAGACGUCUGCUGUCAAAGUGCAGCGAGCAACCUCCGACAAGGCAGCAAUACUCGUGCUGCUCUAUGGCGAUUUCUGGCAGGCGGAUGCCGACCUUCACAGCGAUUUCCUCAGCUGGUCCACGGGCGAAGUUUGGCAGAAGGCACCAAGAUGA